GCCAAGCGAAAUUCGACGAAGACUCCUUGAGGUCGAGCUGGACAGGAAGCUCCGCAUAUCCCUCGCCUGCGAACGGUCCCAAAGAAACAUUGGGCUUCUUAACGAGAAGGUGGUCAUCAACAUGGAUAGCCUGGGACUACUAUAGGGUCUGGUGAACCUGCUCGUAAUUAUACGGUAUUCCUCCCUCAUUGCUCUCUCGCAGUCUUUAGGAAGAGGUCACCUUGGCACACAUCGCUGUUCAUUCCGCCGAUAUCACGUGUGUGGCCCGUUGCUUCGGCUAACAAUUGCCUGCUGCAGAAAAGUGCAUGAUGUCGAGCGACCUAGGGCAUAUAUACACUGUGUGAAUUUGAGAACCAUGAGGACCCGAGACGGGUUGGUCUUGGGCCCGCUCCGCCGGCACACUCCGCCGUCACGGCCCCACCCGAUCCGGAAGACCUACCCGCAGUUGCAACCGCGCCCGUCUGGCCGACCGACCCGGUCUUGGCGGUCGGACGGCAGCAGGGCUGGCUCAGCAAUAGCCAGCUCGGACUUGUCAUCCUCACAGGCUGAUAUGAUAGCCAACAAAGAGAGCAUGGAGACUGACCAAAACAGCGUUCAAGUGAAAUUGCGUCGGCAAUUUCCGCAGGAAAGACGCUACGCGUGGGCCGAAAUCAAAGAGAGAAGUAGCUAUCGCCCACUUCAAAAUAGAUCCCCGUCGGCUGAGCAGCGCGCCGUCAUCACCCGGAUGCGCACCGGCCUCCUAAGGCGGGGUUCGGACGGGAGAGUUGGCAGGGAGGAACGGACGGGUAUCGUUUGAAUGAGGACGUAUCUUGCGAGUGGUACAAA